GGAACAAACGUGUGUACCAAGCGGCGACGAAAGUUGAAUGUGUGAUGGGUACAACUUAAAUGGCCCAUGAUCCUAUCAUAGGAUUCCUAUGUAAAGUCGACAGCUUUCCUAGCUGCAUGUGAGAAGAAAAAUAAGAUUUUAGCUAGGAUUUGUGACGAUGCUCGCGGACAGACAGUGACUUGAGAGAGCCUUUGUUUGGCCGAAAGUGUUCAACAACAAAUCCAAUAUAUCCUUGAAGUCUAGAUCCCACAUAAUUAGAAAAGAAAAAGAUAAGAAGAAGAAAAUGGAAGAGAGAAAAGUGAAGAGAAUUAUCAUGUUCCCUCUACCGUUUACAGGACACUUCAACCCUAUGAUCGAGCUUGCUGGAAUAUUCCACAACCGUGGCUUCUCCGUCACGAUACUCCACACUUCUUUCAACUUCCCGGAUCCUUCUCGCCAUCCACAGUUUACUUUUCGAACUAUCACUCACAAAAACGAAGGAGAAGAAGACCCUCUCUCUCAAUCAGAAACUUCUUCGGGUAAGGACCUCGUCGUCCUUAUUAGUCUGCUGAAACAAUACUACACCGAGCCGUCUCUUGCAGAGGAAGUAGGCGAAGGAGGGACGGUGUGUUGUUUGGUCUCCGACGCUCUAUGGGGGAGGAACACGGAGAUUGUAGCGAAAGAGAUUGGAGUGUGUACAAUGGUGAUGAGGACUAGUGGUGCGGCAACGUUUUGUGCUUAUACAGCUUUCCCUCUCCUUAUAGAUAAGGGUUACCUUCCUAUACAAGGUUCUAGAUUAGAUGAGCUAGUGACAGAGCUUCCACCUUUGAAAGUGAAGGAUCUUCCUGUAAUAAAAACGAAAGAGCCUGAGGGACUAAACCGAAUACUUAACGACAUGGUGGAAGGAGCCAAGUUAUCUUCCGGAGUCGUAUGGAACACAUUUGAAGAUCUUGAAAGACAUUCACUCAUGGAUUGUCGCAGCAAGUUACAAGUUCCGUUGUUCCCAAUCGGACCGUUUCACAAACAUAGAACCGAUCUUCCACCGAAGCCAAAGAACAAGGACAAGGACGAUGAUGAAAUAUUAACCGAUUGGCUUAACAAGCAAGCUCCGCAGUCUGUGGUCUAUGUGAGUUUUGGAAGCCUUGCAGCUAUAGAAGAGAAUGAGUUUUUCGAAAUUGCUUGGGGUCUAAGAAACAGCGAACUACCAUUCUUGUGGGUGGUUAGGCCCGGGAUGGUCCGGGGAACCGAGUGGCUUGAGUCAUUGCCUUGUGGGUUUUUGGAAAAUAUUGGUCAUCAGGGAAAAAUUGUGAAAUGGGUGAAUCAACUAGAGACAUUGGCCCAUCCUGCGGUUGGAGCGUUUUGGACGCACUGUGGAUGGAACUCAACAAUAGAGAGCAUAUGUGAAGGUGUUCCAAUGAUAUGUACGCCGUGUUUCUCGGACCAGCAUGUGAACGCGAGGUACAUCGUUGAUGUAUGGCGAGUCGGGAUGAUGUUAGAGAGAUGUAAGAUGGAAAGGACGGAGAUUGAGAAGGUAGUAACAAGUGUAAUGAUGGAGAAUGGAGCUGGAUUGACAGAGAUGUGUUUGGAGUUGAAAGAGAAAGCUAAUGUUUGCUUAAGUGAAGAUGGGUCUUCUUCCAAGUAUCUAGACAAACUUGUCAGUCAUGUCCUGUCUUUUGAUUCCUCGGCUUUUGCAAGUUAAAAUAAAUUACAAGGAGCAAAAUGUCUAGGCACUUUUCAAAAUCAUAAUGUUGGUUGUUUGGUUUAUAUGAUUUUCGAUGAGAUAUUUAUUAUUCAUCACUUUAUGAUUUUGAUUAAAUUCAAGAUUUAUUAAAUUUUCCUUAUAUUGUAUGCAUAUGUUGAAUGUUGAUAUUACAUAUUUUCAUAAUAGUUAAAUUCAAAUUUUAUUUAA